UUUAUAAUUUUUCACAUUGGAGACAAGGUUGUAAGUUUGGAGGAGUCGCAAUUGCAAUUUUAAUUACUUCAAACAGAAGCUCAGUAAAAUCACAAAAUGUUUGCGUUUCCAAUAAUUUAGCAGUAACUGGAUUUGUUAUUGCCCAAUUGUGCAUCGGCAACAGCAGUACUACAACAACAGAACACCACACAAAAAACAACGAACAAAAAAUGGAGAAUGAACAAGAUGAACUCAGGCACUUGCAGCAGCAGCACCAUCAGCAGCAUUCCCGUCCAUUGCAGCAAUAUGCAGAGCGUAGGGAAACACAUUCUCCGUUUGGCCUGUACUAUGAACAGCAUCAGCCCCGUGAUACUUUGGUAGGACCAACAACAUUAACGGACAGAUACCAUCUGGUGAUGUCACCAUUUGUCGCCACAUCGGAAACAACGAAUAGUCGAACUGAUGGUGGUGGAGACUAUAAUCCAUAUCAAAAUGAGGGUUUGACCCCACACAUGGAACAGGAGCUCCAUAGUAGUAGUAGAAAUUCACCAUUAUUGGAAUCCCAUCAGAUGUUCACCAUGCAAGCGCCGCCGCCGUCGUUUUCAUGUUUAGUACGUCGACGUCGUAUGGAUAUGGCGGCACUUGGCAGCACCAACGGUCCUAGAACGGAUUCUUCCAGUUAUGAGGCGGCCACAGGUAUCCGUCGCUUGGAGCAGCAUGCACAUGGCCAGAAUAUGAUACAUCCAUAUUUUGAGUUGGCAUCAUCCUCCUCCUCGUCGGCGGCGGCAGCGGCAACUUCAUCUCAGCCAUCAACCAUGGCUAGCUCUAGCUCUAGACUCAUUCCUGAACAAAAGACUGAAAUCCCAACGCGACGAGAGGAGGCCCAGUGGCCUGUGGCUGCCUUAGAUGAUCAUGCCAUGGAUGCUUCACUAACAUCGACCACUGGCUCCACUUUAGUGGCAAGUUAUGAGAUGCCCACAAGUUCGAUAAUCAGCAAUAGCACAAAUAGUUCAUUUGAGGCCAACUCCAAUCUGGCUGCUCUAUCUGGCACGGGUAUGGGCAUCUAUGAUGAUGUGACAUCCAGUGCUUCAGACACGGAACAUGUGCAGUUUGCUCAUACGCGUACGACCAAUACAACGACAACCACAUCAGCCAUUCAGGCCCAUAAGAAGAGAAAGAAGCAAGCGGCGACACCCUCAUCCUCUUCGUCGGUGAUUGAUUUAGAUGCUAAUCCCAGCACAAGUGCCCAGGCUCAACAGCACCAACAACAGCAGCGGCAAUCAAAUAAUUAUACUAUGUAUCAAUCAUUUAUUGAGCAGGACAACGAGACAACAAGCAGCGAUGAUGGUUGGGACUUGCGUAUGCAUAAUUCUGCUCCACCGCCAGUAAAUGCCACAUCUGUCACAAUGAAUCGUAAUCAUCAUCAUCCAAUGCAAUCGUCACCAGUUAUUGAUCAUGUGGAUCAUUCAUAUUAUAAUAGCCGCGGUCAAAUGGAAAUUGGUGGUCUAUCAGUGAUAUCGCCGCCCCCACCUCCGGAUAGUUCCUAUAUCCAACUGCCCGCAGCUUCAUGUUCCACGGCCACACAUACCACCUGCAGUGUGGACUAUAGCAGCCGUGUUGGUGAACUCUGUGGUGUCCAUCGUCUCAGGCAAGGAUUAAGAGAUAUUAAUAAUGAGUUGGCUGCUCUUCCCACAUCUGCUUCUUCUAAUGGUGGUGGUGGUGGUGGUGCUGGUCCUGCUGCUGCUGCAUCGGUGGUACGCACUCGUCUGGGUUCUGGUUUACCCAGUGGCAUUGUGCGCACACGUAGUCGCGUGCGUUCCAUGGAUGAGGCACACUCAAGUACUAAACGAAUGCGCUUAGAUUCAAUGGCAGAGUCGUCUACCUCCAACACGCGCCUCUCGCCCACAAACUUUUUUGCAUUUCAUCCAGGCCGACAUCAACAUCGUACUUACGGCGAGCAAACGCCACCUCAGCAGCAGCAUCAGCAGUCGCCGGUGGCGCCGCAGCAGCCGCCGCAAACACCGCAGCAGGCGCCAAGCGGAGGUUCCUGUGUGAUUGCUUAUGUGGGUAGACCACGACAAGAGCGCCAGGAGGAUCUACCCUCAACGUCAACAGGAGGCGGCAGGCAGCAAGGACAGGGCAACGCUGUCUUAACUGCUCCAGAUCUUCAACUAGACGAUUGGUCUUCAGAUUCGAAUGGUGGAAGUGAUGAUGUGGUUUUCGUACACUCCACUAGAGAGCCAAUACUCUCCAUAGACUUGACGUCAGACGACGAUGGUGGCGCCCAGCAGCAACACCAACAUCCGGGUAGUUUGGAACAGCAGCAGCAUCAAAUGCAUCUGGAAGGAGAUUAUCUGCUGCAUCCUUCGGAAGAGCCACCGAUGGUUGGGCGUCCGAAUUCGGCGAAUGGCUACGAUGGGCGAAGGCGACGUCGACAUGUUUAUAAUUAUGCCUAUUCCCUACCAAUGAAUCGUGAUCGGGAUCGUCGUGCAGAAAUUGGACCAAACACAAAUGUAGGUGCUGGAGCUGGCGGUGGUGGCAGUGGCACUUCCUUUGCGUUUUACAGUGGAGCUUUGGCGGAUCGUGCGGCCAUGACGGAUCACAAUUAUAGCUACGAUCACAGCCAUGGUCAGGGACAAGUGCCGCCUGUUCUGCUGGCAGAAGAAUCACAGCCGGCUCCAAAUAGUUUCUAUUCCAGAGCACCAUGUCCCAGCACAACGCGUUGUCCUGGCCUAGACUCACAACGGUAUUUCCAACCUAUAACGCCACCACCGUUAUGGCCAUUUAGUUCAUUGGGAUCGGAUCUCUUGCCGAAUGGUAUCUAUGAACGUCCAUCUCUGCCAAGACCGUCAUCAACGACGGCCAGCACUGGUGUGGCACCCAGCAGCAGCAGUGAGCCAAAUAGCGGUCGUAGCAGUCCCGGAACGAACUUCUAUCGUCGUUAUCAGCCAUACUUUAUGCCCCCCUAUAACAUACCGCCUUUGCCGGCGGCAGUUAGCCGAAGUGGAACUGGGGCUGCCGCCGCAACGGGAGGAGUCGCACCCGGAACGGAGUAUCACUUGCCCAAUCCCCAUUAUCAAGGCGGAGGCGUGGCUAGUGCUGGUGGAGGUGGCGGCAGUAGUCGCAGUUCUCUGAGUGGUGCCAUGAGUGCCGCUGCUGUGGCGGCGACAGUAGCAGCAGCUCAAGCUCAAUCUUUUAGUGAUUUGCUAUCGCUGGCCAAUGUGCAUUCAACACCGUCUACCACUAUGGAAAGUAGUCAUGGCCUGGAUGGCACUGGUUACCAAAGCCAAUCUCCGCAUCAUAGCCAUCCGCACACUCAUAGCCAUUCCCAUUUGUUGUUAGCCACCCCACCGCCGCCCCCAGUGACAUCGGCAAUGGUCACAAUGACUGUCACGGCCGGAGUGUCGCCCCCGCCUCCGUUAGAAAUGUAUUCCGGACGAGCCACCAUUCCCUAUUGCGGAUCACCUCCCUAUGGCAUGCGACGAACGGCGGCUUACAAUAGUCGUCAGCAUUAUCAGCCGCAACCGCAUCAGGGUCAUCAUCAGGCACCGCAGAAUCAAAUGCACGCCCACAUUCAUCCACCUCAUCGUGCCAGUGCCAUUGUGGCGGCCACAUCUCUGACACCGGCUCCCCCGUAUCCUGUGCAUCAGAAUCUGUGGUAUCGCCAACAGAAUAUGCAGGAGUUGCAUCGGCGCCACUUGACACCCACACCCAUUGAUCUCUCCUCGAAUCCAUUGAACUUGACGAGUAGCCUGCGUACACGGUAUUUGCAUAGCAUAUGCAGUUGUGUGCAUGCCAGGAAUGGUCCCGUCUCUAGUCUAGAUCCGGCAUAUUAUCCACCAUAUGAUGCCAAUGCAGCAGCCGCUGUCCAAGCAGCUGCUCAAGCUGCUGCUGUUCAGGCUGCUGCUGCUCAAGGGGCAGCUGCUGCCGCUGCAGUUGUUAGCAAUAAUCCGAAUGGUGGUCCACAGCAGCAACAACAACCACCACCACAUCAACAACGUCAGCAUCCACAGCAGCAGCAACAACAACAACAACAACAGCAGCAGCCACAACAACAACAACCGCAAUCCCUGAUGCAACAUCAGCAGCAGCGCCGUAGAGCCAUACAUCAUCAUAUGUUCCAUCAUCAUUAUUCGCCGUUGCAUCUAGAGAUUGGUUUGGCCACUCCAUUGUCGUUGGGCUCUCGGAUUUUAAUUGGACCUCCGCGUCCGAAUCGUGGAGCCACAUUGGAAACUAUCGAACGCAAUACCUUGCCACAUAAAUACAGACGUGUGCGUAGACCCAGCGAAACUGAUGAAGAUGCUGAGAAGUGUGCCAUAUGUUUGUCUUUAUUCGAAAUUGAGAAUGAUGUUCGUCGCCUGCCCUGUAUGCAUCUUUUCCAUACCGACUGUGUGGACCAAUGGCUGGUAACCAAUAAACACUGCCCCAUUUGUCGUGUGGAUAUUGAAACGCAUAUGGCCAAGGACGCUUUGGGGCCCAACUCAUCAAGCAGUGUUAGCGGCUCUUCUUCGAAUGCUGCUCCGCCAGCUUUAUGACAUUGUGUCCAUGGCGGUGUUUUUAUGUAAAAAGCAAAUGUUAGGGAAACCUUGUUCGUUCCAAACAAACCAAAAACGUUUGCAAGCUUUGAGUUUGCUGCGUUUUUGCAAUUAAGUAGACUACGAAAACCAGUAACAACAUAUACAAACAACAAAUGCUAACUAACCCACCCAACUUGGGCAUAAUAGGAUAUGCCGCGUUGCGUAAACAAAAAAAAAAAUACACAUUUGAGGAAAGGAGAAGACAGAAAGUCUAAGCAAAAUUAUGAAAUAUCCUUUAUACAUAUUAUGUGUAUGUCAAACCAAAUUCAUGUGAUUGCAAUUAAUGCAAGGUUUUGGUUGGUACUUCCCCUAAGAUUCAGCUAUUGUGAUGAAUCAUUUGCCGGGAAAUGCCAACCAAGCGUAAUUAUUAUUUGUCCAUAUCUACCAUAUGUAGUUGUUAUAAUUAACUUUUGAUUGUGUCUGCAUAGAAAUUAUCGAUGUAUUUGUAUAUAUACUAAGUAGAGUUUCAAGAAAUGAAAUCGUUUUAAAAAUCGAUAAAGAAGAGAUAUAUGUGCAAACUCAAA